UCCCCAGCCCCUAUCAACACCAGUGUCACAUAAUAUUAUAUGUAAUAUCAUCCAAAAGAUAUACCAACUAACCACCUUACAUAUCUUAGAUAUCUUUUAUGAAUCAGUUUGGUGUUGUAAUGGGAAAUGUAGGAGGUACUACUUGCUUUUUAUGAUAACGAGCCACUUUAGAUGGAACUAUAUCUUCUAGUCACUAGAACCUAUAGUGAAAGAAACAUGGAGGGUAUUCAUCCGUAUCAUAACCAUGAUGUGUUCUCAUGCCACGGCAACAGGUCUGACCAGUCCAUUCCAGUCAAGGCUCCACCCUGGACAUGGAGCAUUAUAAAUUUAGCUGUCCCAAUAGAGGGUCCACAAGACGACAUCAAGCCCUAAGGUUUUGCAGCGAUGUCUGGGUUGGCUGUGUUGGGUCUCCUACUUCUGCAGACUGGAGCUUUCGGGUUUGAUAUAUUCAGUGGAGUCUCUCUGAAUCAUCAGGAGAUCACUGAGGAAGCCAUCUUAAAUGUCACUGCACAGGCGUGCCGCUCUCUGGCCAUGGCUGAGGGCAAAGACUUCAUUUUUCCUACUUUGACUGUUGAGUCUGUUGUUGCUGCAUGUGAAGCGUCAAAAUCAUCCAAGAGCUUCCGCAAAACCAUUAAAUUAAUUCAGAAAAGGAAUCGGCGAGUAGACUUUCGUUUUUUCUUUGACCCACGCUAUCACUUUGACAAUGAGAAUUUUACAGAGGGACGACAAAUCAUCACAGACGGAUUAGCAGCUGUGAAGGCCAGCAACCAGCGGGAGAACUUUGAGGCGGCGAGAAAACAACUGGGAGUAAUCUGCCACCCUUUACAGGACUUCUACAGUCAUAGUAACUGGGUAGAAAUGGGAAACACACUCCCAAACCCCAAUCUGAUCAGACCAGGCACCAACAUUGGUAACAUAGCAGCUGUAACUAGAGCAACCUGUCGCAACUGUAAUGGAGACGACUGCAGGGACAACAUUUUGGAGGAUAUCCUACGGGAAAAGAUACUUACCUCGGGAUAUUUUGAUUUUGUGCCUGUUUUAUCCACCAAACCAGCAGGAAAAUGCAGCCAUGGAGGUAAAUAUGAUGAAACAAGUCAAAUUGAACCCAGAGGUGGGAUCAACAAAGACACUCUGAACUCCAGCCACGGACACCUCCACAUGCAAGCAGCGAGGUUGGCGAUUGCUGCAACCAGUGAGCUGCUGGAGGACAUUCGAGGGGCAGCUGGUGACAGACCGUUUCUCCAGAUGAUGGGAAUCUCCAAAGGUAAAGCUCUUUGCUUCGUGAUCGACACGACAGGAAGCAUGAGGGAUGACAUUGCAACAGUGAGGACCCUCGCUUCCUCUAUAAUCAACAGUAAAGUGGGAACAGAAGAUGAGCCCUCAGUUUACAUUCUUGUACCUUUCAACGAUCCAGAUUUUGGGCCACUGACAAGGACUACAGACCCAAACGUCUUCAGGAAUGCUAUUAAUUCACUAUCGGCAAGCGGUGGAGGAGAUUUUCCGGAAAUGAGUCUUUCAGGGCUUCAGUUGGCUUUAACUGGUGCUCCUCCCAAUUCUGAGAUCUUCCUCUUCACUGAUGCAGCCGCUAAAGACCAACACCUGAAAAGCACAGUGAUCGCAGUCAUCGAGCGGACCAAGUCAGUGGUGAACUUCAUGCUUACUGGCUUACUGGGACUUCGUCGUCGAAGACAGAGUGGUGAUGGCGGUCAACAACAACAACAACAACAACAACGGAUGGUGAGAACAGAUGACCAGCUGUACAGAGAGCUGGCUCAGGCGUCAGGAGGUCUGGCUAUUGAAGUCGGAAAGAGUCAGCUCCCAGUGGCCACCAGCAUCAUAACACAGUCCUCCAGCUCCUCUCUGGUGACCCUUCUGCAGGCAGCCAGGACUCCAGGAAAGGCCGAAAAUUUCACUUUCACAGUUGAUGAGUCAGUAAGAAACCUCACAGUUUACAUCACUGGGAGCUCUGUCAUCUUCACUCUCAUCAGUCCCUCAGGUGUGUCUCAGGAGAGCACUAACACCACAGGAUCUCUGAUCACUGCAUCCCAGUCAGUGGGAAACUUCAAGACUCUGCAGCUAAACACACAAGCUGGACUUUGGGAAAUUAAAAUGGUGUCAACUAAUCCCUACUCGCUGAAGGUCAUAGGUAAGAGUCCCAUUGACUUCCUGUUUGACUUUUUGGAGGCAUCGCAGGGCCUGUUUGGAGGAUUUGAUGUUGUAGACAAUCGUCCCAGAGCUGGUGUUAAUGGGAGCAUGAUCGUGACAAUAACCGGGAGUGACUCAGCCAUGGUGACAGAAGUCAUUCUAGUUGAAUCGUCGGGGUCAGGAGCGGUUAAUGGCAAGGUGGAGGCUCAGGGCGGAGGAGACUUCUUAGCUCGGUUUGACAGGGUACCAGCACAGGAUUUUGUGGUGCUCGUGAAGGGGCAGAGCAGCACUGGUUCCUCCAGAGCGUCCCCAGUGCUCUUCCAAAGGCAGUUCCCCACCAACAUCAAAGCAUCUGCUGUGACUGUUACUACUCCUGAUUCAAUUAGCGUCUUAGAACCAGGAACACAACUUUCAGUUCCCUUCUCUGUUACGACGAGUGGUGCAGGAGGAACCUUCACCAUCCGAGUGACCAAUGACCAAGGUUUUAGUUUAACUUUCCCGUCCAGGUUAGUCCUGGCAACUGGAGGCAUUGCUAACGGCACAGUGAACAUCACCGCACCUGCUAACACCCCGUCUGGUACUGACGUCACCCUGACCAUUGAGGCCGAGGCUUCGGGAGGCGCAGACACAAACUAUGUAGUGCAGCGCUUCACUGUCCUUAAAAAGGUGACGGAUUUCACUCCGUCGAUGUGCCAGCUGCUCAGCCUGCAGUCCAACUGCUCUGAUAUCUGCAGCUUAUCAAUGUGGAAGCUCUCUGUUCAGGUGACUGAUGGGGCUAACGGAACGGGUGUCGACCGCGUUAGCCUCAGACAGGGCAACGGGACCUUGAGCACCAGCCUGGCCGCUGGCAACGAGAACAUAACGCUGGUGUCCUACAAUUCAUCUUGCUGUUCGCCUGAUGUGGAGCUGCUGGUUGUGGAUCGGGUGGGUAAUGUAGCCUCCUGUUCCUACAGUGUCCGGAAAACAGCCACCAACAGCACUCGGCCUCCAGCAGCAGCACCUGUUGUGUCUUUGUCUACCAGAGCAGUUCAGUCUCUUCUUCUUUGCUUUAGCAUCACAAUCCUAGGGCUCAAUUUACCAUUUUAAAUGGGGAUCAACUGAGAAUGUUAGUGCGAGGAAGACUUGCAUUUGAAAAUGUUCUUUUGGUUUUUAAAGUUAGCUACAUACUAUAUACACUCAGUUGCCAGUUUAUUAGGUACAUAUACAUAGCUAAAACUAAUGCAGGCCGAUACAACAAAGUGCAAGUUUUGUACGACCAAAACACCUAAAGAUAUGCAACUAAGAAGCUAAAAAUGCAGAAUAUUAAAUUUUUGUGUCAAAGCACUCAGAGCCAUGACACAUUACUUGUACCAUGGUAAAUAGAAUAUACCGUCUAUUACCAUCACUAUACUACUGCGGUUUUUGUAUGUUUUCAAUUAUAAUGUUCAGCUUUCAUUGCAACCAUUUUAGAGAUAUAUAAUUCAACUUUAUGGUCAUUUUUGAGGCAGUGGUGUUGUUGAAUUGUAUUGCGUUGCACUGAAAGGUGUUUCUAAAAUUUGGUCUUCCUUCGGUGAUAUAAAUGGAUUUAACUAGGUGAACCAAAUAAACUGGCAACUGACUGUACUGUAUGUACACCUGGGUGAUAUACAGUCAAGCUAAUGUUAAAAUCUAUCUUUAAGCUUUUAACAUGUGCUGUAUGUAUUACAGGGUACUUGGUGUAAUUGUAAAACUUAAAUGGGGUUGUGAAUGUCUUAUGAUUAAGACUUAGGAUCAUUCAUUCAUAUUUUGAGUACUACUGCUAAUAAUAAGUUGUGGAAUAGUAUUGUUGGGUGAAUGAUUAAAUUAAUUUGAUCAUUUUAAAAUAAAUAACAUCUGAAGGUUUGCUUCUUA